ACCACUACCACCACCACCACCAGCGAGAAGCCAACAAGCACCACUACCACCACCAGCGAGAAACCAACCUCCACCACUACCACCACCACCACCACCACCAGCAAGCCCACUACAACCACCGAACCGUCGAAGACCACAUCAACCACGAGCUCAACCUCAUGCAAGACGUUCACCGUCUGCGACCCCCAGUGGUACAAGCCCACGGACUCAUGGACGACCAAGAACUACGAUGACAAGGAUUGAGUAAGGAUAACG